AUGUCCGAAAGUAGCGGUAGCGAUCGAUGGGAAUUCGAGGAGCCACGUUUCGAUGGCAGUCGUUUCGGAAAUCCAGCUUCUUUCACCGAUUGGACGGGUGUACCGGGUCCGAUUGCGCUUUUCAAGUGGAAAUUCGUUGAGAAAGAUGACUCGAAACUUCCAUCAGAUGAGGUUCUGGACGAAACAUUACCGGUUCAAAGGCCAGACUUCAAUCGAAAACAGUCAUCGAAACUCGCGUUGACAUGGCUUGGUCACGCUACCGUACUCGUUCAAAUGGGUGCGAUCAACUUUAUCACUGAUCCAGUAUGGUCACCCAGAGCCUCACCAAUCCAAGUGGCAUUUGGACCACGCCGGUAUCGACCACCACCGAUUGAAUUAGAACAGCUGCCUGAGUUGGAUUUUGGUGUGAUCUCACAUAAUCAUUAUGAUCAUUUGGAUGCGAAAAGUGUUCGAAGACUAAGUGAACUGUUUCCGCGGAUGUUAUGGUUUGUGCCGUUGGGCGUAAAGCUUUGGAUGAUGAACAAUGGUAUACCAGCUGCGAAUGUCCAUGAAAUGAACUGGGGUGAUCAUCAAAAAUUCGAUUUCAAUGGAACGCAGGCUGAAAUUUGGUGUAUUCCUGCACAGCAUUGGUCACAACGCGGUAUUUUGGAUCGUUUUAAGACGCUAUGGAGUGGAUGGGCUGUGGUUGGUGAGGAACGAAAGUUUUAUUUUGCCGGUGAUACGGGUUAUUGUGAGAGAGAGUUUGAUGUUCUCGGUAAGAAGUUGGGACCAUUCGACUUAGCCGCCAUUCCAAUUGGAUGUUAUGCUCCCAGAUGGUUCAUGAAACCGCAACAUAUCAAUGUAACUGAGGCAGUUAAAAUCCAUCAAAAAAUUUGUGCCAAAAAAUCAAUCGCUAUUCAUUGGGGAACUUAUGAAAUGGGGUCAAAUGAGGCAUAUUUGGAACCGCCACGAUUGCUGAAAGAAGAAGUGCAAAGGGCUGGCUUGAAGGCAGCUGAUUUCACAUCGUUAUCGCAUGGUGAAACGUGGCGUGAGGGUGAGGAGACAAGCUCGGAUUCAAGUCAGCCGGAAAGUUCAUCACGCAGUGAAAAUUGA